GUGAGACCAAAUCUGUGUUUGCUCUUCUUUGAGGUUUUUACCAUAGAAACUUAUUUGAGGUCUGAGCAAUUUAACAUUUGAAGACAAGGACUGAACAAGAGGAACAAAAUGGCAUUUAUUCCAUCUGUUAAUGGACAAGAUACUGAAAUACCAAAGCUGGCACCUUCAGAUUUGUGUCUGGACAAACCUGCUGUGGACAUGAGCUCGGCAGAGAAGUUCCUAGAGCGCUCUAUGGCUCUGAUCCUGGAGGAGGCAGUAAAGAGGGCCACCAACCGAUCAGAGAAGGUGUGUGAGUGGGUGUCUCCGCAGCAGCUGCAGCAGCUUUUGCAAUUGGAUCUCGGAGACACGGGAGAAUCUGAGGAGGAGCUGCUGCAGAGGUGCAGGGACGUCAUCAAGUACAGCGUCAAGACUGUCCACCCACGUUUCUUCAACCAGCUGUUUGCCGGGAUGGAGCCUUACUCUAUGGCAGCCAGUUUUAUUAUAGAGGCACUUAAACCCAGCAUCUACACUUAUGAAGUGGCCCCAGUCUUCACACUGAUGGAGAAGGUUGUACUGAAGAAGAUGAUUGAAGUGAUUGGAUGGGAAGAUGGAGAUGGGAUUUUCAAUGCAGGUGGGUCUCUGUCCAACAUGUAUGCCAUAAAUCUGGCCAGAUUUCACCACUGUCCUGACAUCAAGGAGCUCGGCAUGUCAGGCUCUCCGCGAAUGGUCCUCUUCACUUCACAGGAUUGUCAUUACUCGAUUGCCAAAGCUGCAUCAUUUUUGGGCAUUGGCACCAAGAAUGUUUACACAGUCCCAUGCGAUGAAAGAGGCAAGAUGAUUCCUAGUCGUUUGGAGGAACUGAUAUUAAAGGCCAAAAAGGAGGGAGCACAACCCUUAAUGGUGAAUGCCACUGCAGGCACCACUGUCCUGGGAGCGUUUGACCCAAUUGAAGAGAUCGCAUACAUUUGUGAGAAGUAUAGGCUUUGGCUGCAUGUAGAUGCGUGUUGGGGGGGAGCUGCUAUCUUGUCCAAGAAGCAUAAACACUUGGUACAAGGCAUCCACAGAGCCAACUCCGUGGCAUGGAACCCACAUAAGAUGAUGAUGGUUUGUCUGCAGUGCUGUGCCUUUGUGGUUCGAGACCAAAAGCAUCUUCUUCAACGCUGUUACUCCUCCAAAGCGCGCUACCUCUUCCAGCAGGAUAAGUUCUAUGACGUUAGUUUUGACAGUGGAGAUAAGUCCAUCCAGUGCGGCCGCAAACCAGACGCCUUCAAGAUCUGGCUCCUGUGGAAAGCUCUGGGCAGCAGCCAACUGGAACAGAGAGUGGAGCGCGCCCUUGCCAUGGCACAGUAUCUGACACAGCAGAUGAAAGCUCGGCAAGGGUUUCGGCUGCUAAUGGAGCCUGAAUACGCCAAUGUGUGCUUCUGGUAUGUUCCCCCAAGUCUGAGAAAUGUCCCAGAUGGCCCUGAGUUUUGGAACAAGUUACACAAGGUAGCUCCAGUGAUAAAAGAGCGUAUGAUGAAGAGGGGCAGUCUGAUGAUCGGGUACCAGUCUCAUGGGGACAAGGCAAACUUCUUCAGGAUGAUUAUUAUAAGUCCUCAGGUCACCACUGAAGAUAUGGAUUUUGUGCUGGAUGAGAUUCACAGUUUGGGACAAGAUCUGUAAAAACUACUACUGCUACAACUACUUCUACCGUUCUUCAACAUAUACCAGUAUAAUUAUCUAAACAACUGCUCAUGACAGAUUGCCCUCUAUAUUUUUGUAUGUGCCUUUUUACCUUCUAACAUAACUGAGACAUUCAUAACUGGACUGCAUAGCGUGCUAUAGUAUUGCCACCUCACUGUCCGGUUUCAAGCUUUUCACUGAAAAUGACUCCUUAGCCUCUUCCUUGUGAAAUUAUUCCGUGAGCCAGUGGUAUCUAGUUUUACACUCUUGAUUAAAUGAUUGAUAUUACUUUUCACAUCUGUCAUGCUUACAGUUUAACUAUUACUAAAAAUAAAUAGAAAUUUUUACCACUGACUUCUAUAAAAUUGCUCUCUUAUUCUGCAGUAUACAAAAAUAACCAGUAGACAGUGCCUCUUAUUUUACACUUUCAAUGUCGUAUAUAUUUUUCUUAACUCUCUUCUCCUCUUCUCGUUAAGCUUUUUUAAACUUUUUUUUUACUUCAUCUAUUUAAACUUCUACUAUAUUUUACUCAUUUCAAAUACUGUACAACUUUUCAAAACAUUCACUUCUGAAAACACCACCUGUAUGCAUCACCCCUGACAUGACCAACUCGAAGCCAAGAGCAACAGUUCAGGGGUUUCUAUGGGUAUCCUCACACAGGGCUUUUCUCUGAUUAAAACUAGAGUUGUGUUCUCCUGAAAGUCCGAACUUUACUUUACGUGUGAAUAAGACAAAUAAACUCUGAUCC